AUGUCAUUCAAGGGGAUAAAGAAGUCAGUGUUGCGUGCCCCGCAGAAUUUCCGGCAAAAGCUCAACAUGGGUGAAAUCACCCAGGAUCCCGUCUACGCCGAUGCCGAGAGAAGAUUCAAGGAGUUGGAGUUGGAAACGAAAAAACUCAGUGAGGAGUCGAAAAGGUACUUUGCUGCCGUCAAUGGCAUGCUUGACUACCAGAUUGACUUUUCCAAAGCCAUUGAGGAGAUUUACAAGCCCAUAAGCGGGAGGUUAUCAGAUCCCAGCGCCACUGUUCCCGAAGACAACCCACAAGGUGUGGAGGCCACGGAGCAGUAUAGAGAAGUGGUAAGGGAGUUGAAGGAAACAUUGCAGCCUGACCUUGAGCUUAUUCAAAAACGUAUUGUGGAUCCAGCCCAGGAGCUUUUGAAGGUGAUCCAGCUGAUCAGGAAGAUGGCCACCAAGAGAGACCACAAACAGGUGGAUUUGGAUAGACACAAGCGCACGUACAAGAAGUACGAGGACAAGAAGGAGAGAACAGCCAAGGACGAGGAGAAAAUGUACAAUGCUGAGGCAGAGGUGGCGGUGGCCCAAGAAGAGUACGACUACUACAACAACAUGUUGAAAGACGAGUUGCCCACGUUGUUCUCCAUGCAGCUGGAUUUCAUCAAGCCUUUGUUUGUGUCGUUCUACUACAUGCAAUUGAACAUUUUCUACACGUUGUACAGCCGGAUGGAGGAGUUGAAGAUCCCCUACUUUGACUUGAACUCGGACAUUGUCGAAGCAUACACCGCGAAAAAGGGUAACAUCGAAGAGCAGACAGACGCCAUUGGCAUCACGCACUUCAAAGUGGGCCACGCCAAGAGCAAGUUGGAGGCGACCAAGAGAAGACAUCAGAUGAUGGCUGGAGGUGGUCCCGGGUCGUCGUCGAGCGGUGCCACAUCUCCAUCGACCACUAGCGCACCUGGAGAGGGACUCCCCCAGUACACUCCGGGCCAGAUGGGCAACAACUACGGCUACGGCAACGAGAAGGCCCAGUUCCAGCAACCGCAGUACGGACAGCCCGGAGCUCAGUACGGACAGCCAGCGGCACAACAACCGCAGUAUGGGGUGCCCCAGCCAGCAGCAGCGGUUCCAGGAGCACCAGCGCCGCCACCGUACGGUGGAGCACCAGCAGCGCUCCCUACGUGCACGGCGUUGUACGAUUACACAGCACAGGCACAGGGAGACUUGACCUUCACCGCUGGAGCGGUGAUUGAGAUCAUCGAGCAAGGCGAUGCCAACGGGUGGUGGACGGGCCGCUACAAUGGACAAACUGGAGCGUUCCCUGGGAACUACGUCCAGUUGAACUGA